AACAGGUGCUAUGGCGCAUGAGUGUUGUCGCUAUAACCUUCACACCUUGGCUUUGUUUUUUUGUUAAUCUUACAGGAAAUUUAGUACAGAAGGUCGCUGUGCUCGCAUAUGGCCUGAUUCUUGUCACAUCUGUCAUAUUAUACAUCACAGCUCGUGCCUUCCUUUUGGUACUUAUGUUCACCACUUUACGCAAUCUUCCUCCUGACGCAUAUGAGGCGGUGUCCUGGACCAAUUUAGUGCCGCACUUGUAAUUCUUGAUCAUGGUACUUGUCAUGCACUUCGCAC